AUGGUCGAGAUACCUUGGGCUCAACAGGCCGUUAACCGUUUUUUCGAGGGGCGCAAGUACCCCACCCGGUUCCAGUGCGACCGAAUUGCGCAAUCCAUCUCGGGCGCUUCGGAUGCUCGCAACGUCGACACGCCAGGCUCGAUGAGCUACACUGUUAUCUGCACAGGUCGACACGCAGGAAAGCAGGACCUUGUUGUAUCCUUCCGAGAGCCAGAAGCCCACCUCGAUCAGGGCAUGAGCGAGUUGGCACAGGCCGUCCAUGGCCACCUCGUGCCUGAGACAUCUCAUUACGGCAUGGUCGAUGGUGCUGAUCCGCCCCUCACCCUCUACACCAUGCCGUACUUGCCCGGAAUCUCAUGCCUUGACGCUCUUACUUGUCAAGUGGCGAUGGAUGGGCUGGCGGAGGUCAGGCAUGUUUGCUUUGUUCAGCACCUUGCUAGGUACUUCGCUCGAUGUUGGUCUAAGCCGCAGCAUACGACCAUAGAAGCACGAGCAGAGACUCUCGACAGAAUUCAACGCAGACUUGAUCUACUAUCACUAUCGUCAUCGUCCGGUCUUGGGACCUCGGCAGUGUUGGAAUUAAAACGAAGCCUUCCUGCUUUCUUUGCGCAGGAGUAUCCACAAGUUCUUACGCACGGCGACCUCUCUAGGACAAACAUCUUGGUUGACGAGGACACCUACGAAAUCACAGGUAUCGUCGACUGGUCUCUUGCCGCGAUACUGCCCUUCGGUAUGGACUUGGACUGCCUGUUUUUGACGACGGGAUAUAUGGACCGCGAUGGAUGGCACGACUAUGCAUGCCGUUCGCGGUUGCAUGAAGCUUUCUGGGCCGAGUUCUGGUCUGCCUCUGGAGUUAGGGAUAAUGCGCGGCGAGACCAAGUUCGCGAUAUGGCUGAGCGGGCGGCCAGGAUCGGUGCCAUUCUACGCUAUGCUUUCCAGCGUAACGCGGAUGGCUCACCCUCCGAGGCGUUGGUAUCCGACGGAGCGUCGACCUGGAGGUAUAUGCAAGCGUGGCUUGCCGCUUAG